AUGGCAGAUGAACCUAAACCUGUUAAUGAGGAAGAUUUGAGGCAGUUAAAGGAAAGAAUGAAAUUAAUCGCUGAUGCAGACCCUGCUCAGUACCAUAAUGAAUAUUCAUUAAAGCGAUAUUUACGAGCUUUUAAAACUGUUGAUGGUGCUUUUCAGGCAAUUUUAAAAACAAAUAAAUGGAGAGUUGAAUAUGGUGUUUCUACUCUGCAAGAAAAUAAGGAGAUGAUAGAGAAAUAUUCUGACAAAGCCAGAGUGCUGAGACAUAGAGACAUAGUUGGUAGACCUAUUGUAUAUAUUCCAGCCAAAAAUCACAGCUCUAGUGAUAGAAGUAUUGAUGACCUCACAAAAUUUAUUGUUUACUGCUUGGAAGAAGCAAGCAAGAAAUGUUUUGAAGAAGUAGUGGAUAACUUGUGUAUUGUUUUCGACCUUAACAACUUUACACUUUCUUGUAUGGAUUAUCAAGUACUAAAGAACUUGAUAUGGCUUCUUAGUAGACAUUAUCCAGAAAGGCUUGGUGUUUGCCUCAUCAUAAAUGCACCAGCUUUCUUUUCAGGGUGUUGGGCUGUUAUUAAAGGAUGGCUUGAUGAAAACACAGCUGGAAAGGUUACCUUUGUUAAUUCUGAAAUAGACCUAUGCCGGUAUUUGAUACCUGAUAUUCUACCCACCGAUAUG